UGGGUGUCCAGGGGCCAUGGACAAACCAGUGUGCUUGAUUGACACGGCGUCCGAUGGGAAGCUGUGUGUCCAGCGCUCAGCGUUGCAGGUUCUGGAGCAGAUCCAGCAGCCCGUGGUGGUGGUGGCCGUGGUGGGUCUCUACCGAACUGGGAAGUCCUACCUGAUGAAUCGACUGGCAGGGAAGCAAACAGGGUUUGCACUGGGCAGCACAAUCGAGUCCAAGACGAAGGGCAUCUGGAUGUGGUGCGUGCCUCACCCCAAUAAAGCAGGAACCACUCUGGUGCUGCUGGACACCGAGGGACUCGGAGACGUAGACAAGGGUGACUCCGUGCAUGACACCAGGAUCUUCUCUUUGGCUGUCCUUCUGAGCAGCACUCUAGUCCUGAACAGCCGAGGAACUAUUGACAACAGGGCUAUAGAGGAACUGCAAUACGUCACUGAGCUAACUGAGUACAUCAAGAUCAAGUCACCUGAUGAAGUUGUAGAUGACGGAGAGUUUGUCAAGUUCUUCCCUAGCUUCAUCUGGGCUGUGAGGGACUUCACUCUGCAGCUAAACAUCGAUGGGAAAGACGCAACAGAGGAUGAAUACCUAGAGUUUGCUCUGAAGCUAAAACUAGGUAACUCAAUUCAAGUGAACAAUUACAACCUUCCAAGAGAGUGCAUUCGCAAAUACUUCCCAUCUCGGAAAUGUUUCACCUUCCCAUUCCCAACCAAUCCAGACAAUGUCUCUUAUCUGGAGACACUAGACCCAGCUGAGAUUUCAAAACGAUUCUUGGAGGUCACGAAUCGUUUCUGCCAGUUUAUCUUUGACCAGAGCCAAGUGAAAAAUCUGAAAGAUGGACACACGGUCACCGGCAGAGUUCUGGGUCAUCUUGUAAAAACAUACGUAGAAACCAUCGCCAGUGGAGCUGUGCCAUGUCUGGAGAAUGCUGUGAUCGCAAUGGCACUGAUUGAGAAUGAGGCUGCUUUUCAGGAGGGCCUUGAGGUGUACCAGAGUGGAAUGGAGAAGCUGAAGAAGUCCUUCCCUCUGGAACUGAAUGAAAUCAACUCGGAACACCAAUGCUUCAGUCUCAUGGCAACACAGACCUUCAUGAAACGCUCCUUCAGGGACAGUGAUGGGAAGUUCUUGACAUCUUUAGAGGAAGCCAUCAAUCAACAGUUUGACAGGUAUCUCCAGGACAAUGAGAAGGCCUCCGAGGCUAAAUGUGAAAGUCUUCUAUCAGUUCUCUCUGAAGCAAUGACAGAGAAGAUCAAUCAAGGGUUUUAUGCCACAGCUGGUGGGUACAAUCUCUUCUGUCAGGACCUGGAGGACAUUGUGAAUCAGUACAAUACACUGGCCCGUCAAGAAGUCAAGAUUGCUGAAGUGUUGGAGAAAUUUCUACAGCAAAAGGUUGCAGUCACCACAGCCAUUCUGCAGGCUGAUGAUAAACUAACCGAAAACGAACGAAGGAUUUACGAGGAGAGAGAGCGGGCAGUCCUUCUGGAACAGGAGAUCAAGACCCAGGAAGAGAGGCAGCGUCAGCUGGAGGAGAAGAUGGUGACUGAAGAACAGAAUAAUGAGGAGAGGGUGAGACAGGUCAUACAGAAGAUGGAAGAGGAGAUGUCCUCCCAACAGCAGGAGACGCAGCGCGCCAUGGACAGUAAGCUGAGGGAACAGGCUGCCCUGAUGGAGAAGGGCUUUCAAGAGAAAGCCGACAAAAUGGCCAGCGAGAUCGAGCAGUUGAGGAGGAAUAAUAAAGAGGUAGAGGACAGGAAGUCCAGAGAGUUCGCACAGAUGAUAGCGGAUCAGGAGCGAAGAAACGCACAGAACUUGGAAGUGAUGAGGCAACAGCACAGACAGCAGAUGCAAGCGAUCAACAGCAGACCGAGACCUUCAUCUUCAGGCUGUUCUAUACAGUGAAAUCUGCUUAUACACUAUUCUGAAUUCAUUAUUACUGUAAUCUCACUGAAAACAAUUUCAUUGUGUUUUUACAGACAACACUCACAUGUAACCCCCUUCGCAAUCAUUUUCAUAACUGACUUAUAACACUUUUUUUUUUCUAAGUUACUGUAACUGAUUACAGUUACAUUUAUUUUGUAACUAGUUACUCCCAAACACUGGCAAUGUCUACAUGAUUACAUUAACUUAAUGUUUAGCGUUGAUAGUUUUUUUUUUUUUUUUUUAAUAAAAAAUGUUCAUGGGCUGAAUGUUUCAUUUAUGAAUGCUCACGGCAAAGGUCAUAUGAACCAUUGUUGGUUGCAGCCAACGUGUUCCCCAAGUCAGCCAAUGACAGCAGGUGUUUGUGUAGAUCUGUAAACAUGGGAUUUGACAGGUUUGACCACUGGUGUUAUUGUGAAUGUGGCAGAUCCUUGUUAAGGUGGGAAAGGUGGGAAUUAACUUCAAAUGAAAAGGUAAUAAACUUUCAAUUCAUACUGUAUAGGAUCAGGCACUUUAUAACAAUAUUCAAAUGAUUUUAACAUGUUAUAAUGAAUGCUUACAUUCAUGUAAUGUAAACUUGUUGCUUCAACUGAUUAAAAU